UAUUGAUUCAGUCUUGAACACCAAAUCGGGUGCUUUUGCUGUAUUAGAAGUAAUUUUGUCCUAAGCGUGUAUCCGUACGAGCAGCCGUUCCUUGAAGUGUCAUCCCUGAAGUUCUCAUCCCACUUCCCAGCAUGAACACUGAUGAGCCAUAUGAACCCAUCCAGUACCACUGGUUCUAUAACCAGCAGGUGGACUCCAAAGACUCCUGGCAACCUUUCAGCAGAGAAGACUCACAGCGGCUGGAGGAUGCUAACAGUCAAGUUGGGAAAAGUGGCAAAGAGGAAGUAGUGGUGGCUACAGAAGGAAGGAGAUAUGAUGUCAGGCUGCGUGAAAGGAGACGGUAUGCUAUGUACUGGGAACAAGCCCCCACCGAGGUCAGGCGCUGCUCCUGGUUCCAUAAAGGCAGUAAAGAUAUAACCUACACUCCCUAUCCUGAAAAACUCAGUGAUAUUCUAGAGGACGCCUAUAUGAUUGCAUUUACCCUGGAUGAAUGGAAGACAAAUUUGGAGCUCCCAACAGGUGAAACUGUCAUCCUUCACAAUCCCAAGCUUAUGACACAGCAUCCAAACGGCUUAAAGGACUUUCCCCCUUCCCCGACUGAGCGGGCUCAAACUAGAACACUAAAGCGAGGGAUUGAGAAUAUUUCAGUGGAGAUACCAGAGGGAGAACCAGAGAGAGUAGACCAUUUAGUAUUUAUGGUUCACGGUAUUGGUCCAGCCUGUGACGUACAGCUCCGGGGCAUUGUCCAGUGUGUGAAUGAGUUCCGUAAUGCCUCCAAUGGCCUCAUAAACAGUCACUUCAGGCAGGGUGAGGACACAAGCACAAUUGGAAGAGUAGAGUACCUUCCGGUCAACUGGCACAAAGUCUUGCAUGGUGAAACCAUUGGAGUUGACAAAGACAUUGAGAGGAUCACACUUCCUAGCAUUAGCCGCCUGCGUCAAUUCAGCAAUGACACAGUACUGGACCUUUUCUUCUACAAUAGCGCUACAUACUGCCAGACCAUUGUAGAUACAGUGGCCUCUGAAAUCAACCGUCUGCACAGUCUUUUCCUCCAGAGGCAUUCACAAUUCACUGGAUAUGUUUCCCUGGCAGGACACAGUCUAGGCUCAUUGAUCCUGUUUGAUCUCCUGACCAAUCAAGAGUCAAGUUCAGAAGGCACGGCACAUGAUGAGCUAGAGGAUCCUCACAAUGAGACAGUCUGCUGUUCUUAUGAGAACCUGGAGGCGGAGCUCAGGGGCCAGGGGUUUGAGGAGCACCUCAACGUACUACAGAGAGAACAAGUGGAUAUGGAGUCCUUGAUGCUCUGCUCAGAGAAGGAUCUUAAAGAUAUUGGAAUACCACUUGGUCCUCGCAAGAAGAUUAUGAACUAUGUGAAGAAAUGGAAGCACUCCAGAACCAGAAGUGGACAUGCAGCCCAAACUGAGACAUAUACCCCAAUUCUAGGGAUGAGACGCGCUAAUGAACAUCAGAACCCCACCACAAGUGCAGAUGAUUAUCAGCAUUUUGAUGUUGGCAUCGGACAGGUAUCCAUUGAUUAUCCUCAAUUGGCCUUUCAUCCCCAAGCAUUCUUUGCUUUGGGUUCACCCAUAGGAAUGUUUUUGAUUGUUAGAGGUCUGAAGAGGAUCGACCCUAAUUAUAGCUUCCCUACCUGCAAGAGUUUCUACAACAUCUUCCAUCCUUUUGAUCCAGUGGCAUAUCGAAUCGAGCCCAUGAUUUUGCCUCCAGAUGUGAACUUACCACCCAUGUUGAUGCCCCAUCAUAAGGGCAGAAAGAGGAUGCAUCUUGAGCUGAAAGAUGGACUGACUCGAGUCAGUUCUGACUUAAUGGGCUCACUGCGCAUGGUUUGGCAGAGCAUUUCUCAAGUGCCCACGCCAGCGCUUGAAGAGGGUGGAGUCAAUUCCAUGUCCCCUGCAUAUGAAGCAGAAGUCUCUCCAAUGGAACAGGAUGAGGGGAAGCUCACCAAGGUUGGGAUGUUGAAUCUUGGGCAACGUAUUGAUUAUGUUCUUCAGGAGACAACAAUUGAGAGUUUCAAUGAGUACCUGUUUGCAAUACAGAGCCAUUUGUGCUAUUGGGAGUCAGAGGACACAGCUCUGUUGGUUCUGAGAGAGCUUUAUGGAAACAUUCUUUCAAGAUCUCAGUCAUAGAGGUCCUUUCCUGAUUUUCACUGUAUAUGCCUAUUGUAUCCACAGUUUUCCUGAUCAACAAUUGGGUGGCAUUAUGAUGAUUCAGAUUGCCCCUAGACCUUUUUGGUUCCGGUCUCCAUAUUCAAACAAAGAACAACCUGUGCAGUUGUUGGCUGUCAUAACAACUCCAAGUAGUUAAUAAUAUCAAUGUAACUUACUUAGGGCCAACAUCUACCCUCUCGGGUGAAGCACUGUCAUAAGACGGCCAUCUUUGUAAAGUAUAGGCACUAUGGAGCCAUAUGAUUUGUGUUUUUGUUUUUUCAAAUUGAAUACACUAAUCAUAACAUUAUCUGCUUAAAACGUACUCCGGGUCGAGUGAAGACCUGAAGACAAACGCAGUUUUCCGUUAUGACCAGGGGCGAAAAUUUCAUCAAAAUGUUGGGGGGGGCAAUAAACAUAACAAUUCUCAAGAGCAAUUUUUGAAGGGGACACCAAGGGUUUUUUGUUGUUGCCUAUGGUUAUGACACUUUCGCGUUCAGGUCAAACGUGAAUAGUACCGACAAACUUUAAAGCACAGUCCACCAUAAGUCAAGUAAAUAACUCUGGAUUUUAACUAAUAAACAGCCUAAAAAUUUUGACUUUGAAUUUGGAAUCUCACCUGAGAUUGCCAGUGUUGGGCAAGCUACUCAAAACAUUUAGCAAGCUAAGCUACAAACUACACUACAGAAAAUGAAUGAAGCUAAGCUAAAAGCUACACUUCAGAGAAAGUAGCAAGUUACACAACAAGCUACAUGCCAAAAGUAGCUUGCUACAUUUAAGCUAUUUCAUAUUUUUUCAACUGCAGAUGCACGGAGCAUACCGUCAUUGACAAAGCACCUAAAAGAUGUAUUCAUACGUUUAUCAAAGCCUUGGUACAGUAUGAUACAGUAUACAAGUAUACAGAGUGGAGCAAAACAUACCCGUAUGUGCAUGUAAAAACAAACAAAAAAUAAACAAACAAACAAACAUGUAAAUUCAUAUUUAGACAUGCUACUUAUAAGAAUCCAUGUGUUCAACAUUUAAAGUCACUAUUUUUACAUUGUAUUUUUCAUAUUUACACUACUACCUCUACAAACCCAUACCCAUUUAAACAUAAUUUCAUUUGCACGUUCCUGUAUGCAUACAUACAGUAUACUAUUAAUCUAUACAAUACAGAAAUAGAGCAGCUAGACACAGAAUUACAGGGCAAAUAUCCUGUAUAUGCGUGUAUGUGUGUGUGUGUGUGUGUGUGUGCGUGUGUGUGAGAGUACAUUUGGGCAAUAACAAUGUGAUUUCUCGUGGUAUCAGUAAUAUCAUGGUACUUUGAUAUCCAAUUACCAUAUUUAAGUACCAUUCUGUAUUUACAUAUACUAUUGUAUUUACAUUGUGCUUCACGGUAAUUUAAAAAAAAUCCAUGGUCCUUCACUAUAUGAUUCGCAUAUUCAUAUUACAUUGUAUUAACAUAGUGCGUCCAAAAAACAUGGUAAUGUCAUUGUACCUUUUUGUGUUUUUGUGUAGGCUAAUACGUGUUUUUAUACUCUUUUGGAUGGAAAAUGUAUUUACCUGCAGAAGCUGCACACUUGUUGAACUUUAUAAAAACCUUCAUG